AUGCGAAACUUCCUCCCCAUCAUCGCCGGCCUCGCCUCUCUGGCCUCUGCCACCAGUGUACCCAACCGCCCAGAUCUCAAGAUCGUCUGGAAGGAAGAGUUCACUGGCUGUCAGGGCUGUACCCCCAAGGACGACAACUGGAACACGGCCCUCAACGUCAACUCCAACAACGAACUCCAGGUGUACAGCACCUCCAACAAGAACAUCCAGCUCUCGGGCGGUGACACACUCCAGCUCGUCCCCUGGAAGGACGCCAAGGGAGAAUGGACCUCUGGACGUCUCGAGUCCAAGAAGGCCUGGCAUGCGGACGACAACAAGGUCCUCCGUGUCGAGGCCAGCAUCCGAAUGGGCGACUCGGCUCGUAAGCAGGGCAUCUGGCCUGCCUUUUGGAUGCUGGGCGAUGCCCUCCGCCACGGUACCGACUGGCCUCGCUGCGGUGAGAUCGACAUCUUCGAGCGAGUCAACGGUGAUAUGACUGGCUUUGGUACCGUCCACUGCGGAGAGGUUGGCGGCGGACCAUGCAACGAACCCGAUGGUCUUGGCCAGCCGAUCAGCAUUCCCGACAACGAGUUCCACGCUUGGUCUGUGGUUAUCGACCGACGUCCUGGAACCUGGCAGGAGGAGACCAUCACCUGGCUCUUGGACGGCAAGCCCUUCCACAGCAUCUCGGGCAAGACACUCAACGACGAGGGAGCCUGGGGAACCCUUGCCCAUUCUCCCAUGUACAUUCUUCUCAACGUCGCUGUUGGCGGCAACUGGCCUGGUAACCCCAACAAGGCUACUGAGACCGGUUACAAGAACAUGAUGGAGGUGGCCUACGUUGCUGUCUACGAAGGCACCAAGUAG